AACCAAAAUCAAGAAAUCUCCAUUCUCCCUCUUUUCUCUCUAAUGGCUCAUUAUCUGCUCUUUCUUCUUCUCUUCACCGUUUUCUUCCUUAACACAGCCAUGACCCUCACUCCCAUACCUUCACCCGCCGUUACUCCCAACUUAAAUAUCUACAGUACCACCGCAAAACACGCUCCCUCACCUUCACCGAUCCCUACUUCCACAAGAUCUUCAAACACCACAACCACUACCACCGCAACACUCGCUCCCUCACCGUCACCAACCCCUGCUUCCACAAGAUCUCCAAAUACCACAACCACUACCACCGCAACACUCGCUUCCUCACCUUCACCGACCCCUACUUCUGCAAGAUCUCUAAACACCACUGCCGCCCCAAUUCUUGUUCCUAAACCUUCGCCAGCUCCUACUCGCACCGUAACUCCUAACUCCACCUCCACUACCGCUGCAAUUUGCUCUCCCGCCCCUUCACCAGCUUUUACUCCCAACGGCACCACCUCCGCCGCCACGACCACCAUCACCACCGUCAUCACUGCACCACCGCCGCCACGGCAUAUACACCAUGGCUACCGCCAACAACUCAACAACAUAAUCGAUGCCCUAAUUGGUGCCGGAGACUUCAACAUUUGGGCCAACGUCCUUUCGGUGGCAGAUCCCUCGACUCUCCCUAUCUCCGCCACUCUCUUUAUUCCCGCAGAUGAUUCUCGUUCACCUAUCGCCACCACUAUCACUAUUGAUCCUUACAUAUUCCCUUACCAUAUUGUCCCUCAACGCCUCUCCUUCGUCGAUCUUGGUCAAUUCAAGCUUUAUUCUCGCCUUCCAACGCUUCUUCCCGGCAAAUCCAUACUCGUAACUAAUAGUUCCAUUUCUAACUAUACUCUUGACGGUUCUCUUGUUUCUCAUCCUGAUCUCUACACCAAUGCAAACAUCGCCGUUCAUGGAAUCGCCACUCUGCUAGAUUACUCUGUUUAUGGCGACGCUUACACUAAAGUUCCACAGCCGGAAGUGUUGUCUCGGCCACCGCAAGCAAUGUUUGUGCCGGAAGGUGACUUGAUUGGCGAUCACCGAUCAGAGACAAAUUCGGCUUGCUUGUGCAGUGAGGUUUGGACUGUUUUCUGGAUCUUUUCUGCUGUUUUAGCAUCAAAGGUUCAAAGAUUUAGUCUUUUUAGCCAUUGAUCGUGUUUUCCAUUGAUUUUAAACAUAAUAAUAGAAGGCAGAGAUGAUGAUUUUGAAGAUCAAUCUUGGAUUAAGGCAUUUUGUUUCUUUUGGUGACCCUUUUGGAGUUUUGAUGUCUCUUUGUGAAUAUUUUUGGUUCAAUUGGGUCAUUUUUUCAAUUUCAGACAAAUUUGUAUCGGGUUCCUUUUCUUUGAUGUCAAAAUUCAGGAGACAGGGAUUUGAUUGUUAUUGUUGUAAAUGGGUUUGAUAGAAGUUGAAAGAUUUGAUUGUAUCAUACUGUGGAAGGCUGAGAUUGUUUUGAAUUCUGAAUGAUAUUUUUCAGGGUUCUUUUUGGAACCAAUAUUCUGAUA